UAAGUACCUAAGAUACAUGGGUACUAAGGUUCCUUAGAGUACCACCUGUUGGUACACUUUGACUUGAUUAGGGAAAUGCCUCGGCUACAGCUCCACCAUGUCAUCCUCAGGCAUGCGACGGGAGCUUAACGACUUAUAAAUGAAUGCAAACAAACUCAGUUUUCAAAGAAAGAGAUGAAGGAAAAAAUAAAGCAUCACGUACAUCUAAUUCCCGAGAAUUCAAGUAACUUAUACUUUCCUAAGGUCAUAGGUAGACACCUCACCUUGUUUAACCUAUCUCCUACCUAGUGCAUACUACUACUACAUUAGUUCUAACUUAUAUAUCUCCCAAUAAUUCUCUAAACAUGGCUUCAAACGAACUCUUUAAAAUUCCCAUUCCGGCAAUGAAGCCGCAUCCUGGAGGCAGCAUUGUCUGUACAUCUCCAAAACCUCAGGGUUAUGUUCUCACAUGGACCUCGCCACCAGACAACAGGUUCACGCCUGCCUUCAAUACCGCGCUGAUGACAGCGCUUGAUACUAUCGAAUUCGGCCAUCCUCCUGGCGUCGUCAUUACUACUUCAUCCAUUACCAAGUUCUAUUCCAAUGGCCUCGACCUCCAGCUUGCUACAUCGUUGCCGGGCUUCUGGGAAAACAGCCUGUACCCCUUGUUCCGAAGAUUCUUGGCUUAUCCUAUGCCGACGAUUGCUUUGAUCAAUGGCCACGCCUUCGCCGGCGGGUUCAUGUUGGCUAUGCAUCACGACUACCGGGUGUUCACGGGCAAAAAGGGCUACCUAUGCAUAAACGAGCUCGAGUUUGGCGCGCCGUUACUGCCACCCAUGAGCUCCAUCUUCAGAAUGAAGACUACCCCCAAUGUUUAUCGCGACAUGGUUCUCGAAGCCCGGCGGUUCGAUGCUAAAGCUGCGCUUGAAGCUGGGUUGAUCGAUGCCGUCGGCGAGUUGGACGCAGCACUGAGCUUGAUCCAAGAACGAUCGCUGAUCAAGAAGGGAGCUACCGGCGUCUACGGACUACUGAAGGCCGAGAUGUAUCGCGAGAGUAUACAACUGUUGACUGCCACGGGCGAAGAAGGCGCAAAAACCCUGAACAUCCAAGAAGCUGAGAACAAGAGACAAGAAGAGGGCGCAAAACGAUUCAAGGAGGCACAGGGCAGUAAGGCAAAAUUAUAAAUUUAUAACUUGAUCUGUGAUUUUGCAAUUUGUAGUUUCAGCGUCGCGUCUCGGGAGACAGGGAGACAGGGAGACCUAUCGUUCACAUGUUAGGGAUUUACGGAUUACAUGUACUAUAUGUACCUAAGUACUAUGUAAAAAAGGAACUGACGUCAUCAGAA